UGACAUUUUUUACUGUAUAAAAUAUUUAAGUUUAAAAUUUGAAAGAUCUGUCUGUCGGCUGUUGGACCAUGAACCGAACCUCCAUUGUUCCUCCCUUCAAACAGGUGGAGCUGAUUUUCCAAAAAUCAGUCUGGGCUCAUUAGUUCAUUCCUGUUUGAGAUUCAAAGAAAACACGUGGUUAGCACAUGAGGAGGAUUACUUGGUUUAAGCUGAAGAAUUUGGAAUAAUAUGGGACGUUGUUAAAGUAGGAGGAAGCUGAACGCCAUGUGCAUCUAGCUGGCCUAUAUUUCUGGAAAAUGAGAGGUUUCCUGAUAAUUGCUCUUGUGCUUCUUUUCUUAUGGCUUCUGAAAGCUGACCAGUCAGGUGACAAAGGAAAUACUCAUGAGAAAGGAACCCUGGGGGAGUUGGUGCUCACUCUCCUCUUAUCUCCACUCUCUUUGUACUCCUGGGUGGCUUCCAUACUCGUCAGAUUCAUCAUAUCCAUCCCAGCUCUUGGUCUCAGCGCCCUUCAUUACUCCGUUGCGCUGAUCUUUGCUGGGCCUUGGUGUGUGGCGACUAUCUGCGUAUCCCUGCUGCUGACUUGUCUCCAAAUCACCCUGUACCUGCUUCACAUGACCCUGGUGGUUGGGGUGGUGAUAGUAGUUUUGACCCUCGCACGAUCUAACUCCACUGAUCGUGAGACCGUUGAAGAGGUGACAACAGAUGAGGCAGCGAAGCGACUCCAGCAGUGGAGAGUGGAGCAUCAAAUGAAAACCAAACCAAGAAGGAUAUUUUUUAGAGUUGCAAAACAAGGCUGACUUUUUGUUGUGGUUUGUUUCUGCCAGGAAAAAAAGAACCUCGGCUUAAGCAGCUUUGAACCUUCUUUAAAAUUCAUUAAUUUUUAUACAUGCAAAACUGCUUGAAUUCUUCUUACAUUUAUUGUGUGUGUGUGUGUAAAUUGGUUUUGAGACACUUUAUAAGGAAGCAAAAUAAAACACUCUCGUAUGACUCUGA